UAAAGAAGCCGAAGUGAAGCCAAUCUAAGCAACUGUUAGGGAGCCGAGCUUUACCAAACCCAGGACGGCGUCGGCUGACGAGCAGCAACAUUCCAAAAACCGUUAAAUUUGAAUAGCACGACGUUCUCUUACCAUGGCGACAAGUGGCGGCCGCGAGACUAGCGAAGCUUCCGAAGGAAUAAAAACACGAACAUGACUGGAAGAAAACAACGACUCGGCGAAGAUUUAUUCACACAGGACGGCGGACCUUACGGGGAAGCAGGUCAUUUCGCAUCCUAACUGUCGAAAGUAUUUGUCUUUUUUGUUUUAGAUUCCUCUAAACAACAGCAACAGCCAUAAGAAUUUUGUUUGUAUGUGUCUAAGCAUACACUAUGUAAAUAAUUCCAGAAACCCUGUCACCACCCGGAAACACUUGCAGCGAUGACAUUUAACCCCGCCUUAGCAUCCGCUAGAAACCCAUUGGCUAUCCCUCACACCCGGUUCCGGCCCAUCCUUUCCAGCUAUUGGUUGGAAUAAAUGUCAUUCAAAACGAAUCGCCACGAUUGGUAGUUGCCUGGCCUGGUCAAAGACGUUUGACGGCCGUGCCCAGAAACGGAGGGGGUUGAACAACGUGAGGCGGAAUGGAGUAGUUUGUGAUGCACUUUCGGUGAAUGAGGGAUUUCCGGCGUCCAUUGCCGAGGAAGGCGGGGAGCAUAGAAUUGAAUAGGUGAAGGGACCGGACAACCGAAGUGGAGGCUUUAUCCCUGUUGGUUGUUGGCCUUUGAGCUAAGACACGGCUGCAAUUAAGGCUCUGAACGUCCUGUGACUGAUGAGCGAUGGCUGGACUUAUCAAUUUCCAGAAUGAAGCAGAAGUGAGGGAGUUUCUAGAUAAUCUAGCCAUCGAGUACAGUUACCAGUGUCACAGAGAGAAAGAUCCGGAAGGAUGUCAAAGGCUUGCUGAUUACUUGGAAGGAAUUAAAAAAAAUUAUGAAGCAGCUGCUCAGGUAUUGAAACACAACUGUGAGGAAAACCAGCAUGGAGAAAGCUGCUAUAAGCUUGGCUCUUAUUACAUAGUUGGAAAAGGUGGCUUACAACAAAAUCUGAAGACUGCCUAUGAAUGCUUUGUUAAAUCAUGUGAAAAAGAUGGGAAGAAGUCAGUUGAUGCCUGCCAUAACGCUGGUUUGUUAGCUCAUGAUGGACAAGUAUUUGAUACUAAACCAGACUCUGUGAAAGCCAGAGAUUACUACACCAAAGCUUGCAAUGGGAAUUUUGCCCCCAGCUGUUUCAAUCUAAGUACCCUGUAUAUCCAGGGUGCUCCAGGAGUGACCAAGGAUAUGGCCAAGGCCCUAAAAUAUUCUCUUAAAGCAUGUGAUCUAGGACAUAUCUGGGCAUGUGCAAAUACAAGUCGAAUGUACAAAUUAGGAGAGGGUACUACAAAAAAUAAUGAAAAGGCUGAACUUUUCAAAAACAGAGCAAAGGAAUUGCAUAAAGAGCAAAAGGAAUUUUCACAACAGUUAAAGUUUGGACAGUAAAAUCAAGUUUUUGUUUAAUUAUUUUUCUUAUUGAUAUGUCUGAUCAAUAAAAUUAUAUUACACUGUG